AUGAUGACAACUCACCAUUCAGAAAACCACUUAGUUUAUGGCCAGUAUAGGGAUCCUUGGAAUGAGGUCAGAAUUGGGAAAUUGCUUGAAGAUCUUGAUGCACUAGCUGGCACAAUUUCCGUCAAGCACUGCUCAGAUGAAGAUAGCAUGACAAGGCCCUUAUUACUGGUUACUGCAUCUGUUGACAAAAUGGUUCUCAAGAAAACAAUUAGUGUUGAUGGUGAUCUAAAAAUGGGUGGUUCUGUUGUAUGGGUGGGGCGUUCUUCCAUUGAAGUUCAACUUGAAGUCACUCAGCUAUCAAUCGAUAGCACUGUAAUUACAGAAACAGUAGCUCUAUCAGCCAAUUUCAUAUUUGUAGCCCGUGAUUCCAAAACCGGGAAAGCAGCCCCUGUGAAUCGACUCUCUCCCCAAACAGAAACCGAAAAAUCGCUUUACAAAGAAGCAGAUGCAAGAAACGUAAUGAGAAAAUUGAAAAAAGGAGAAAAAAAAGGGAUUGAAAAUGGAGAACAAAAUCGACUUGAUUCGUUAUUGGCUGAAGGAUUGAUGCCCUAUUUUCUUGAAGUUGACCAUGUUGACUUUCUUAGGCCUGUGGAUGUUGGUGAUUUCCUACGUUUCAAGUCGUGUGUCCUAUAUACGGAAUUUGAACACGCGGAGAAGCCUUUGAUUAAUGUUGAAGUUGUCGCACACGUUACGAGGCCCGAGCUGAGGUCUAGUGAGGUUUCGAACACGUUUUAUUUCACGUUUACUGUGCGUCCGGAGGCGAAAGCGAAUGAUGACAAAUUUAGGAUCCGGAAAGUGGUGCCAGCCACAGAAGAGGAAGCGCGGAGGAUCCUUGAGCGCAUGGAUGCUGAGUCAUUGCUGUUGAAGUGAUCUCUCAAGUAUUUGAGAAUUCUGAAAUAAACUGAAAACUAAUUUAAGUUGAUUAGAGAAAGAGAAAGAGAGACUCAUGAGUUUGAGCUAAAACUUGCUUAUGAUGCUUGUUGCAACAGCGUAAGAGGAAAUAAAGUUAUAAAGUAUCGACUAACUUCAAAUUUAAAAAUAUUCAACAACACUGUAGUGUUGUGGGCAGACAAAAAACAAG